AUGCCCAUUCCUCUAGUCCCAGGCAUAUACGCACCCACCCAGGUGUUUUAUUCAGACGGAAAAGACGAGACUUUGGAUCAAGCUGUGAUAAAGCAACAUGCUACUCGGCUUGCCAAAGCUGGUGUUGUAGGCAUAGUGACAAACGGAUCCAAUGGAGAGGCUGUCUACCUGAGUCCCGAAGAGAGACUUCAAGUCACAAAAUCAACCCGGGAAGCUCUCGAUGGAUCAGGAUAUGCCCACCUACCCAUCAUCGUCGGCGCCUCAGACCAGUCUGUGCAGGGAACAUUACGCUUGUGUCGUGAUGCUGCAACGGCUGGUGGUGACGCGGUCCUUGUCAUGGUUCCUAGCUUCUUCAAGUGGGCGAUGACGACUCAGACGAUAGAAGAGUAUUUUAUCGCAGUAGCUGACCAGAGCCCUCUGCCGGUCGUCAUCUACAAUUAUCCAGGGGCUGUCGCGGGGAUUGACCUGGACUCUGACUUGCUGAUCCGUCUCAGUCAACAUGCCAACAUUAUCGGUACAAAGUUCACUUGUGGUAGCGUUGGGAAGUUGGCUCGCGUCACAGAGGCCACAGAAACUGCCACGCAGGCACUUCAGCCAGAAUCAGAUGGCAGCUACUUUGCUUUUGCGGGAGUGGCAGAUUUUAUCUCAUCGUCGCUUGAAGUUGGGGCGAGCGGAGCCAUUGUGGGAGCAGCCAACGUAUUUCCCCGGGCCUGUGUGAAUGUAUACAAUCUCGCUGCCCAGGGGAAGAGGAAGGAGGCUAUGGAGGCCCAGCAAAAGCUGGCGAAGGCUGACUGGGAAUUGACCAAGAGGGCGAUUCCUGGGUUCAAGGCUAUCCUUGAUCACUGGUUUGGCUAUGGUGGGAUCCCACGGGCUCCAAUGCCCACAUUAAGUCAAGAAGAGAGCCAAAAGUUGUUUCAGGAUAUUUCAUGGAUGAUGGACAUCGAAUCUGGCCUUGAUGACUUUGGCGUGCCUUCAUAG